CAGCAACCAAUCCAAUUAUCACCGAAGCUUUUAUACGACGACGUAUCCUUCCCUACAUUUUACCAAACACGUAAGAAAUCAAGCCACCGGAGAGAUGCGAAGCCGUCGGAAACCACCGUGCGCCGCCCACCUUAUCAUACUCCUCCUAUGCUCCCUCCUCCUCUCGACAACUGUAACCGCCCGGCCGUUCGUUCUCGUCCUCUCUCAAGACGACCUCAAGGACGGUCCUGCCGACGACACUCCAGAUGAUCCAUCUUCCGUCGCCGAUUGGGACGAAUUCGGCGAAUCGGACUCUAGGUCUGACGACGAGCUCGAUCCUGGCUCCUGGCGCCCUAUUUUCGAACCUGACGACUCCAAUUCCGACUCAAUUAACCCUCAGUUACAGGAGUACUACUCGAGCGUCACCAAGUUGGUGGAUGUCGUCAGCGAUGGCGGUAGAUCAAUGGAGGAUGCUGCUUCGGAGAUUGAAUCGAUCGCCGCUGCCGGUAAUCCUCACGCGCAGUCGUUGUUAGGGUUUUUGUAUAAUUUGGGGAUGGCUAGGGCUCGCGAUGGUGCUAAAGCUUUUAUGUAUCAUUACUUUGCUGCUGAAUCCGGUAAUACGCAUUCCAAAUUGGCACGUGCGUAUACGUAUUCUCGUCAAGAGUUAUACGAAAAAGCAGUCGUAUUGUAUGCUGAGCUAGCUGAAACUGCGGUCAAUAGUUUUCUGAUCUCAAAAGACUCCCCGGUUAUUGAACCAGUUAGAAUUCAUACUGGAGCAGAAGAGAACAAAGAUGCUCUCAGGAAAUCUAGAGGGGAAGAAGAUGAAGAUUUUCAGAUUUUGGAGUAUCAGGCACAGAAAGGAAACGCUGUAGCCAUGUAUAAAAUCGGUAUAUUUUACUACUUUGGGUUAAGAGGGGUUAGGCGCGAUCAUGCCAAAGCGUUUUCAUGGUUUUCAAAAGCUGUGGAAAAGGGUGAACCUAGGUCAAUGGAGCUUCUUGGUGAGAUUUAUGCGAGAGGUGAUGGAGUCAAGCGGAACUACACAACGGCUCUUGAAUGGCUAACCCUUGCAUCUAAACAUCAGCUAUAUUCAGCUUACAAUGGGAUGGGAUAUCUAUAUGUCAAAGGCUAUGGAGUAGAACAGAAGAAUUACACUAAAGCAAAAGAGUACUUUGAGAAAGCUGCUGAGAAUAAGGAAGCUGGUGGGCAUUACAACUUGGGUGUAAUGUAUCUUAAAGGAAUUGGAGUGAAGAAAGAUGUGAAGAUAGCUUGCAACUAUUUCAUAAUAGCCGCAAAUGCUGGUCAACCAAAAGCGUUUUACCAGUUGGCAAAAAUGUUCCACACCGGUGUUGGCCUAAAAAAGAAUCUCCCAAUGGCAACAUCAUUGUACAAACUAGUUGCAGAAAGGGGACCAUGGAAUUCUUUGUCUAGAUGGGCAUUAGAAUCAUAUUUAAAGGGUGAGAUCGGGAAGGCUUUCUUACUGUACUCAAGAAUGGCGGAAUUAGGAUACGAGGUGGCACAAAGCAAUGCGGCCUGGAUUCUUGAUAAAUAUGGUGAAGCGAGCAUGUGCAUGGGUGAAUUAGGGUUAUGCACAGAUGCAGAAAGACAUCAACGUGCACAUUCAUUAUGGUGGCAAGCUUCUGAGCAGGGUAAUGAACAUGCUGCUUUGUUAAUUGGGGAUGCAUACUAUUAUGGCCGGGGCACUGAACGAGAUUAUGAUCGUGCAGCAGACGCUUAUAUGCAUGCAAAAUCGCAAUUAAAUGCUCAAGCUAUGUUUAACUUAGGAUACAUGCAUGAACAUGGGCAAGGUCUUCCAUUGGAUCUUCAUCUCGCCAAACGUUACUAUGAUCAAGCCCUAGAAAUUGAUCCUGCAGCUAAGUUGCCUGUAAUGCUAGCCCUUGCUAGCUUAUGGGUCCGAGGAAAUUACGCCAACACUUUUCUUGUUGAUUUAAUAGAUUCUUUACCGAGUAUUUACCCGAAAGCAGAUGACUGGAUAAAGAAUGUAGUAAUGGAGGAAGGAAACGCAACCAUUCUCACUCUUUUUGUCUGCCUAUUGACGGUUCUUUACCUUCGUGAACGGCAACGGCGGCAAGCUGCUGCAGCUCCUCCCCCUCCGCCUAAUGAUAAUAUUGUCAACUAAAAUAUUAUAAAGUUAUUAGAAGAUUCUUGCUUUUUUGAUCUCAAAAUUGUUCAUGGAAAAUGGUUAGUUGGUAAAGUGCAUUCUACACACAUGAAACCCUUCAAUUGCUCCAGAAACAGGUAAGAAUACAUACAUGUUAUCAUUUAACCUCUCUUACAUCUUUUAGACCUCAAAUGUUUAUAUAUUUUAUUCUGUAUUCACUCUUUCGAAUGGUAGUCAUUGAGAUCGACUCUUUUUCUUGAAUA